AUGGUCGAGAGUGGUGUCCCCCAGGGUUCAGUACUGGGACCCAUUUUGUUCCUUAUCUACGUGGACGAUGCCGCAAGAGAUUUGGACUGUGAAGUAGCAAUGUUUGCCGACGACAUGAAGAUAUGGAGUGUAAUUCGGGGUCCUGCCGAUGAAGACAGACUUCAGAUGAACCUGAAUUGGUUGGAGGAGUGGUCAAACCGUUGGCUCCUGCGGUUCAACGUUGCCAAAUGUAGCAUACUUCGCCUAGGGAACACAGCCAGAUCCGCCAGCACAAGAGGCUACUUUCUGGGCGGUUCAGCCCUACAAGAGGUCGAAGCCCAAAAGGACCUCGGUGUGCUUACGACGAGUUCCCUAAAACCAUCCGCCCACUGUUCGAGGGUGGCAAAACCGCAAUGUCCGUACUGUACGCCAUCAAGCGUGCGUUUAUGGACUUUGACGAAGAAGCCUUCUCUAAGACAUUCGGAACAUUCGUCCGGCCGCAUUUAGAGUACGGCAUACAAGCUUGGAGGCCUUGGGGUGUUGUGGAUCAAAACUGCCUCGAAAGAGUCCAGAGGAGAGCCACGAAGAUGGUCAGGGGUCAAAGCUCCUUUCCUUAUGCGACCCGCCUAGUAAAUCUGAACCUCUUUCCUUUGAGUUACAGGCAACUUCGCGGAGAUCUCUUGCAAGCCUUCCGCAUCGUAAAGGGGUUGGAUUGCAGUCUGGCCUUCGAGGACUUUUUUGAAUUUGCUACCACGACCAACCUCCGAGGUCACCCGUUAAAACUGCGUACUCAGCAGGCACGGCUGGAUAUGCGGAAGUCCUCCUUCUCGGUUCGGGUGGUCAAACCGUGGAAUGAGCUUCCCGCAGAUGUUGCGAUGUCACCAUCUAUACAAAGUUUUAAGAAGAAUCUGGACAUAUUUAUGUUCCGAAAUGACUAAGAGCGAUGAGAAGUCGAGCUCACCCCCUGUAACUCCUUCUCAUUUUGUCCCACCAUUAUGGGCGUGCUCGAACUAUUUCAGCCCAGAACAUCUAUCUGUACACCACUCAUUUUUUACGUUGCAAAUAGGGUACUCAAAGGCUUGCGCAUAUUUCCCUCAAUAAACUGAACUGAACUGAACUGAACAUCCCUUGCAUAUUGCCUACAAAAUAGAGAAGACUUUUAGGCCAUUCUAAUAAUCCGUCGUAGGGCAGACACUGCAGUCCACUGACUAGGUCGGUCGCCCUUCGUUAAGCAUUCUCGAAAAGAGUAAAUUACUGCUUCAUUAAAAGGCGGCACGACUGAAUGUGUGUAUGUAUAUAUAUUGAAGGGUUACAGGCAGAGCCCUUGAUGCCCCUAUUUAUGUACAGUGCUUUCGCAGAUUCAUCCUCAAAAAUAAAAUAAAAUUGCAGGCAUUUAAAAUUUGAUUGGGUCACAGUUCAAUCGUAAUCAUAAUGUAGUGCAUGGGGUCACUAAAAAUUAGUGCGGAAGAUUGUAUAUGACAGAUUUUACAAAACUGGCUGUGCAUAGUCAUGCUGUUCCAGACAUUUGACUAGUUGAGGAAAGAUCCUCUGAGCGUUCACAGGAUGCCCAAUAGCCUUUUUGCUAUCUUGAGGCAGUGAGACGAAGGUGUGAUAUUGGGUGUCAUUGAAACAUCUAAGCCGUCAUCAUUUCAAUCUAAUCCAAUUUCUUUUAGAUAGUAAAAGCAUAAAACAGAACUAUUUUUUCUCGUUUUUUGCUUUAACUGCCUAAAGGAAGUUGGAUUUUUCAAAAAAAGUGAUGAUUACACUGGGGAAGGAAAAAUUGUCUUAAACGCUCCACAAAUGUGUAUGUGACUAUGCGGAUUGACGAGGUCCUCAAAAAUGGGCUUUUUGCAUAUACGGAAUAUAUUUUUCCAACAUAUUCUUGAAUAUUUUCUCAUACUACUUAGGGUAUUUGUAAUUCCGUGGCACACGAUUCCCGAUACUUACAAUGUUCAGUUUUACUCAACCAAUUAGGCACGUAAGGGCGAAGGCGACCCUACAAAAUUUCACCCUUGAUCAGGAUGCGAUUGGUUAGAUGACGACUUCGCGGUAUGUGCAAACCGCAACGUUUGUUUUGUAAUCCUGGUAUUUUAGCGGCUAUUUCGCGUCUCACGUCUAACAAAACUAUUGUUAAGACAGAGAUAGGGACAUAUCUGUACAUCCGUUUCAUAACAUUUGGUGCUUAAUGUUAGUCCGAAACGCUUACACCCGCCAAGCUGCCGUUUCGUAAUUUAGAAGGACUUUUUACGGUCUUGCGGUUUAAAGGUUCGUUUCGGAUUCUUAAAUGUUGAAGUUGUGUCAUCUAAUCUACUUUCUGAAUUAUCUCAUAAUAGUCAGUUAGUAAGUCGGCCAAAACCGACAAAUUAGCGUGUUUUCUGGAUUAAAUGGCAAGUGCACUUACCGUGAAGUGUUGAAUUAAUAUCCAAAAUUUGCUUUUCGCCUUACGUCGGUGUUGUUCCUUGCUUCAUAGCACUUCGGGACAUUUGUCGAUUCCUCCCUCUUCCCGCAACAUGCCUAUAUUGGCGAAAAAGUUGUAGUCUGUCGUCGUCGUCUACAUAUCUGCGGAUUUGAACAUGACAAAAGUCAAGAAUCUGAACACGACGUUUGAGGUUUGCAUUGCACAAUUGCUGACUUUGAUAGUUGGAUGCAGCAUCUUUCCCCUCGAGGACUCCCGAGAUCGACCGCGUUUGCCAAAAAGGUCAGUUAUUUGGCAGUGUGAAAUUGAAGUUUUCGACCAUAAAUAAAGUGGGUGAAGCUACACAACGGCUUGCCUAUUUAUUAGCAGGCCACUCCCGCGUUCCCAUUAGUCAGGCUUUCACCACGGAUGUGCGUGGCCGGCCGCAAACAUUCUUUGGAGUUCAGAGGUGUUUUGGUAGAUUUCAAAUAAUUCACUUUUCCCAACUGCGAAAAAGGGGUCGAUGCCUCAGUGGAAUUCGGACCCACGAAAGGAAGGAGAGGUCUAAGUACAGCCAACGCUCUAGCCUCGUAGCUCAGAUGGUUAGAGCGUUGGCUGUACUAACGCCUCCCGUUGCUUUCGUGUGUUCGAAUCCCACCGAGACACCGAGUUUUUCACAGUUGGGUCAAACUGAAUUGUUUGGAGAUGUUAGAGGGAUGGCACCGAGGAAUGAGACCGCUGGGUGAUUAUCACACUGGAGAUGGGGACUACUCGGCCAACCACUGUGAUGUUGUCAUAUGGACAGCAUACCAUGACACACGCUCGCUUAUGACAAGCACUCAGAGUUCAACACCUCCGGUUUUUCCUGUCAAUUAACAGACAUUCGGCCGUGCAGCGAUCUCGUCAGGUAUCACAGCCCCUGUGUAACCCUAACUCACCGUCCCUCUUUGAUAUCGGUUUCGAGUGGAAGGACAAUACGUUAGACAAAUGCCGCCCUUAAUCCAGUGGUCCUUCUUACAUCUUUAAUUAGUCACUCCCUACAGAACUUGUUAAUCGUCAGUGGGAUGUUUUAAAUAUUUUCUUCCAAAGUUUAUGCGAAAAAUUUACCGAAAUACUGCCCGAAAUGUAUUCGGGAAGAUGAUUAUACAGUAGCUGAAACGCUGAGAAUAGUUCAAAUUAGAAAGAACCAAAGGACACAUUUUUAUUUUCCCCCCAAACAGAUAAUUAAAAUCAUCUAGGCAGAAACCAGCGCUGAUGCUGUACACCACGUGCAACCCGGACUGUAUUGAUGAAAAUGAUGUGGAACAAAUCUUAUCGUCUGGGGUUUUGCAGUCGGAAAGAUCUGCCCAGUUGCGGUGGAUGGGGAAACUAGUAAACUAGUGAGCAGACUACGGCCUGGAUCUACCUUUCUGACACUGAUGUAGUCAGUCAUCGUGUAAGCUAUGCGUCCGCGACUGCCGUUUGCUUUUUCCACCAAAGUCAUUGGCUUAGCAUAAGUUAGGGGAACACAACCCGCCUUAACCAGGCAAUCCUACAUGGCUGGCACGGCCGUGCACACGCUACGUUCAAUUGAAUCUUCAACAAACGAAUAUACCGUCGGCCCGGGACACAAUCCGUCAACGAAGAUGGCUCGGACACCUGCCGAGCCGGCGUGAAGAGAUGUUCGACAAGGAUUUAAUUUGUCUGCACCCGACCCUGACUGAUGACGACACGAAGGUUGUCACCUGUGCAAAUCGGUGAAAACCUACGACGGCUGCGUUCCCGGCGGGGUGGUGGGCGUGCGAAUGGUAUCGAAUGAACUCAGUGUCUACAACUGAUCGAUGCUACUUCAACGCGAUUAUCCAUUAUGUCCUGAGGUCGCAUAAUGUAGCCGUUUAAAUCAGUUAUGAGGGUCUUUGUCACCAAUUGAAUGUUUCGGCCCUGCUGUGCAGGCUUUUAGGAAGACAGCUCGGAUAACUUGUGUUUUUGAUAAAUUCUGGCCGCCUGGGUAGAAUUCGCACACUGGGGAGUGUUUCUUUCGUUCGGAUUGCGAACCCUUCAGGUGUGGGAGGAGAUGCGGGAUUAACUGCAGGCAGCAAUCGAUCGCUAAUUAGAUUUGGUACUACGGCUAGUUGAAAUUUGACGUACGUUGUCCUUCGCGUGCAGAAGUCACAGCUGACCUGAGUUUUGCCCUGCCACAGUACGCAACUCUGUAGUUUACCAAUUAGGCCGCAUCGGUGUCCACUCAAUGCCUAUGUUUAUUACAUGGGUCUGGAUAAGCCUAUGGACCGUCUUUCUUCUACGUUUCCCCAGCCACAUUGGCACGUGGCUAGCUCGGAGAAUGCAAUCUGUUCCACAGAAACGGGUAAGGGAGUUAAUACGCACCGCCAGUGUCGUCUGAACCAGCAACUUAAUUUCUUGGAGCUGGACUGCUCAAUCGGGAACGGACUCUUGUUCCUGGGGUGCUGAAGUGUGCGAACUCUCCUGAACCCUGGUACCCAGAUUCUGACAGCACACAGUCCUCUUCAGCACAACAUGAAUGUCUGCUACCUGUCAAUUUCCGAGACCCCAACUCAGGCGCCCGAGAGAUAAAGACCUCAUCUUCCAACUCCCAUUUCACCCUGCAUCGCAGUGACCCACGCGAAUGUUCUGCUAGAUUCGGUGCGACGAUCGCCGCCUUGCUACAAGCGAACCGUACAGUGCUUGCAUGGAAACCACUCAGUAAGUAGAUGCCUUACAUGCGAGGUAAGGGUCAUUUUACAAGCAACUCCCUCGUUUCCACGUGCGCACCAACAUCUGCUGCCGACCGGCGCGACAAAGAAACUUUUCCUGCAGCAGCAAGAGUUAGUUAAAAAACGUCCUCAUCGUGGUCUGUCGAUUGUUGCUGGGGAUUGGGGUGGCCGGACUGCACUCGGUGACUCUGUAAAUAGUUGAUUUAUUCACGAAUGAAAGCGAAUAUGCGAGUCUCAGGUUCUCGUUGCAAAGAAGAUGAGCGCGUAAUCACUAGGACAGCACAUGUAUUAGCCUUAGCUUUCGGUCUCGUACAGGAGGCCAUCAUCAGAGACUGUGAGAACUCAACACCAAACAGACACGUUUGUAUGCCCCCUGCUACCAGGCGUAUCGUUCUCGCGACUGAGAUGCGCGACCCACUUUCCCACCAAGGACACACGCUGCCACGACGUCGUGAGACGGCGCGGACCCGGCCUUAACGUGAACAUUACCUCCAUCCCAACCUCCUUCCCCUUUGUUUGACUACAAAAACUGCUCAUUUUAUGUUGCGUUUUCAGUCUCGGAAGAUGGCCUCCUGUACUAGACCGAAAGAUCAGGCUUAUACAUUUGCGGUCUCAGUGAUCGCACGUUUAUCUUAUUUGCAGUCGCCUUGUUGACCACCUUGGGCCUAGAUUUCGACGUGGCAAUGAUAAACUUUGUUGAAUGUUUGUCUCCAACACAUUCUUUCAGCAUCGCCACAAACAUUCACUGACUUGGCAUUCAAACGACGGCCGUAUAACCAAUCAGUUCGACUACAUUCCAGUUUGUUCACAGUUACGCAGCUGGAUUCAUGAUAGCAGAUCGACGCAUGGUGUCGAAACUGGUAACGUCCAUGGGUCGGACCAUGUUCUCGUUCGCGCUUGCCUGAAGGUCCACCCCACAUCCGUAUCCAAAAUAUAGUAUACAAUAUGCAACCUUAUCGCUGGUAACUCGGCCAAGGUCAUUCGCUAUAGUGGGAACGCUCAGCACUUUCCCAACUUCGAUUAUCAACCCAUCACGCCCUCGCUCUCCCCUGCAGCGGUGUCCUAUCCCUCUACAGCCUAUGCCGUGUUAUGCAACUCCCUUGUGAGGGAGGAAUUGCCGAUGCAAUGCAGAGACUGCACAACUGGGCUCUCAUUGAAAUCUACUGAUCAUCUGUUGGCACUGGCGUCCCCGCUCCAUGAGGAUGUUGAGCAAGCGCGGAAAGAUGAGGUCGCUUCGGAUGGCUGGGCCUCGGGCGUCCUUGUGCCUGCGUUUAAGAAGGGAGAUUGGGCUAGGUGUUAAAAAUACUGCGACAUAGUCCUCACCAACAUUGCUGCGAAGGUCUUCACCGAUGUCCUCUGGCGACUCCAACGUUUGCGUAGCUCGAGGAUGAGACCCGACCAAGCCGGGUUCGGGGCUGGACGUGGAUGCGCGGACCAAAUAUUCACAUUGCAGCUUAUUCUUGAAUUCCGCCAUGGCUGUUAGCAACCGACGAUCGUCUGCAUUGUUAACUUCGCCGUUGCAUUUGAUUUCGUCUGUCAUGAGUCCCGGUGACGGAAAAUAGUACUAGAUAGUAUGCCAACAAAAAAUCAUCGUUAUGAUAAAGGCGUAGUCGUCCCAUCACUGCGAAAUUUCUGAUCCACAAGAGUCUGUCCCAACCGUUUGAUAUUCGAUUUGGGGUUCGACAAGGUUGUAUUCUGUCACUCAUUCUGUUCAAAUACGCCAUUGACGAGAUUAUCUGGAGGGCCUACAGGUUUUGAAUGUGUGUAGUUCGCACACGAACACUGACUGGCUGAUUUCGACUACGCGAUGGGGGGACCGACUUCAAAAAACUAGCUUUACACAGUUCGCCAGGGUAUGGAAGUGGUUCUUGGGCUUAAGGUCUCGGUUGCUGGAGAAAAGAAUUGGUCGAAUUGUCAAGAUCCGCUCCCGCGGAUCGCCACGCAUGGACAGGUACAGUCCGAUACAUCACCGAAGUCAGCUAGGUCAGACGUGUACUCACAUCUCUUGUGAGCACAGGACUGGCCAGUCCAGACGUAUGCUUAACGCCUCUUUCGUCAAGGAGUACACGAUCAGUCCGCCAGCACCCAUUUCACAGUUUGGAAAGUCUUUUAGUGCUCUCUUAAUAAUCGAUCCGAACUGGAUCUGGUUGCUCUGUGUGACAAAAUUCGAUGGAAUUAAUUCUUAGCCAGAAUGACCGGAAGCCUUCUUUAUGACUAAUUCUAUCACCAGCCCGAUCGUGUAGCUCCACACGAGAAAGUAGGAGAGUAAGUAGCCACGAAGGAGAGUUCAGGAAGCAGUAUGUACUUACCUUCUUGAUAAAGAAUGGGCGGCCUGUUAAAGCCACUCAGGGCUUAGCAGCGGACCCGUGAAUUUGAGAAAGCGCUAUAUUUUGUGGCGAUACCAGGCCUCAGUAAAAUAUGUUUUCAUUUAUUCCGCAAAAGCUAAACGUGAUGUACAAAUGCCUCCUGCCGCUCGGAACCGCGCCAGAUGGACAGAUGUUCGCACACCGACACGGCAGAUCGCGUCCCAGGCCCCUUCUGAGCAGCCAGCUCAUCCGACUCGUAAGCAUUUCGUGCAUUUGACUUCUUCAAGAUUUAUUUGUUCACUUAGCGCGUUUUUCCUACAGUGAGUGAAAUGUUGGCUGAAAUUCUGAAAUGCGUUUUCGAUUAGGAAGGAUUACUUGGUCGCGGCUGUAAUAUUGACUACCUUGCGGCAUACUCUUAUAACAUUUCGGACUCGGCAGGAUGUCGGCUUUUAAAUGCACUUCUUUUCAAUCUCUUAUAGAAAGCGUACUCGGUAAAAAAAUGACUACUUAAGUGGCAUGCAUUUUUCCCAUUUAUUUUCGAUGGUCUUGCAAAUUCAAAGAUAUUUUAUAGAACCCAUAAAUAAAAAUAUACUUUCUUUUAGUCAAUCAAUAGAGAAUCACGUCUUCCUUAUAUUUUAUACUCAAGGAAGGAGCAUAAUUAGGUUUUAAAAAAGUUUUCCAAUUGUUGAAUAAUUUGGCGCCUGAUCAUUCGUUGCAUUAGCGCUUAGUAAUUUCAGUCUGCAGGGUGCAUGCGUUCCGCGUAAAGAAAAUCACAUAUUUUUCUAUGUCAUUAAAGAGAUAUCAUACAGAGUCCAUGAAGUUUUGCAAUGGAUGCGGACCAUGUUGUUCAUUUCAUGAGGAACAGUGGUAAACGGCCAGGUACGAUGCUAUGUGAAUUGACAUUUCGCGUUCUUAAAAAGUCUCAUAAUUAGAAACUUUUUUAAACCUAAUUAUACUCCUUCCUUAAGUAUAAACUAUAAAGAAGACGUGAUUAUCUAUUAAUGGACUGAAAGAAAGCAUAUUUUUAUUUAUGGUUUCUAUAAAAUAUAUUUGAAUUUGUAAGACCAUCGAAAAUCAAUGGGAAAAAUGCAUGCUACUUAAGUAGUCAUUUUUUGCCGAGUACGCUUUCUAUAGGAGAUUGAAAAGAAGUGCAUUUAAAAGCCGACAUCCUGCCAAGUCCGAAAUGUUAUAAGAGUAUGCCACAAGAUAGUCAGUAUUACAACCGCGACCAAGUAAUCCUUCCUAAUCGAAAACGCAUUUCAGAAUUUCAGCCAACAUUUCAUGAGAUAGGUCACUCACUGUACUUGUUACAAUACCACUCAAGUCGCCUCGAGGUUAUUCAGACUCGGCGUACUCACGACGCCCUACUGAGAGCCAAAGUUUUAGUUGCCCUGUUUGGCUCUCGGUUGUUAACGAGAUGUGCUCUCGUAUUUGGCCGGUCACUGAAGUCAUUGUUUCAUAAGGGAAAACACUGCAGCAGGAAAAAUCGGCCCAACUUUCCGCAAACAGCAGCGCUGGACGGUGGACAGGAAAAGGACUAUGAGGAACGGAGACUUUCUGGGCCAUUCUGUGCGAUCCCUUCAGCUGGGCGCCUUCAAACAUUUUAGUUUUUUUGAAAAAAAGAAUUCGACGGUGAGCCCGGCUUCCUGUUCCACAUCACACACUGCGUUAUAGGCUGCCCCUGGAACAGGCACGCCGGGCCUGCGGUAGUUCAUGCCCCCUUUCAUAAAAAGCCUGCUUACUGUUGUAUCUAACAGCAACACCUGACCCGCCUCAAUGAAGCCUACUACGCUCUACAGUCUUGCAUGUCCCUUCACUGCCUCGCAGUAGCUGCUUAUUACCAAAGACCUGGACCACUGUCAUUUAAUACACAGGCAUUGGUCGCUGACCUGAGAGGGUAGAACUCGAAGUUGCAAAUGGGAACCCCCUACCUGACCUAAACGGUAAUUUGAACGAAGUCUACUUCAGUAAAUGGCCGCAUAUCGGGCUGAGAUUAGACCCCCCAGCGGCGUGUUUCUUAACUGUCCACCGGGUUUCAUUGGGCUCCCGCGUCCUUUACCUCCCUACCAAGUACCCCAUGUCUACAAAUUGGCGUAAGCCAGCGCUCAUUCCUAGGGCUGUGGACCAGAGCAACGCGAAAUGGUCGGAAGCCGACUAUCAGUCCACUAACGGGGGGAAAUGACCGUCUCCCCAUAUUUGGCGCUGGAACUUUGCUUGAGUAGGGCAGUUGGCCACGCGUAGAGGACGUGAGCGAACAGGGACAGUGUGGGUAAACCAAGUGGCACCACUGACGGACGGGGUAACUCGGUCCCCUCCCCCACCGACGGAGAGUCAGGCAGCAAUAGCUCCUUUCUAGUGGGCCUCUGUAGAACUCCCACUCUGUUGGGGUUUGGGCCGCGCCUUCGCUUUGGUGAAAGCCUAGUCCAAUAUGCGUGGACCAGGGGCGUGUGUGGCACGCGUAGAUGAGACAUUUAGCCUCAUUGGUCACCGCAUCCGAUCCUGUCUCCAACCCUCUUAACUUUAUCAUGACACCGGAUCCAGGCUGAUGCUGCACAAGUCUACUGCACAAGUCACCGCCACUGCGUCCAUCUUGUUGUGGGGCACACGGUGGAUAUCGCUGAUUGCGACGUUUGGGUUUUUAACUAACACUGGCGGUUGAAUUGUGGCACUUGGCUACUCGGAUGCGGACGGGCAAACAGUGAUCCGACUUUUUUCACUGAUUUUCGAUACCGUUACAAGUUUAAAUAUAUCUUAUAUGAAACACGCGCACUUUGUAGGAGAUUGUGCCUUCUCGAAGAAGGGGUAUCCUUUGGUUCUCAAAACACUUUGUCGUUAUGCAACAUUUUAGGACCUUGAAGUGUCUAUACCGGCUAAGCGUUGAUGGUUUACGCUCAGCACGCCACAACUUCAGGCCAUAUCCCAAGGUGUUAGAAGCAGGACGCCAUUUGGUUAGGACACUUUAUUCUGUUCAGAAUAGUGAAGGGGAAAGUUGGCAACCGGAUGAGGAUGCUUCCGGCGCCGCGGAGGCGGCGUCGGGGAGAGCGAUGAGCCCUGUGUCGCCGAAGGUCGCCGCUGCAAAAGUGUCGCUGCAGAUUGUUUACUCUAUUGUUCUGGACUGUUCCCGCCUGUCUUACCAAUCAGCGAUAGGAGUUGCGUUGGUUGGCUCCGAGCCCACGCGAAGGUAGUGACAAGCCUCGCGUGGUGCAGGCGGAGAAUCGACCGGGCAGACGUGCGUGCCAUAGCAGGCUGUCGCUAGGACGUAGGUGCAGGCACUAGCGAGAGGCGCGACGCAGCCAUUAUGGCUGUCCACUACAUGUCCAUGUCUAAUAUCACCGACUACGCGCACCUGCAGGUCACGCCAGUCGGUCGACUGAAAAAGGUCGCUAACGUAGAAUAAGCUCUACGGUGCGGUCUCAUAGGUCGAAAACUGCGGUAGACUGUCGGGGACAGCGGGCGCUCGACGGGGAAGGGAUAAUACCAACAGUCUUGAGGCCGGGCUAUAAUUUGAUUGAGUUCGAAUGUGUCUUGGUUCUUUGUGCCCUUUUACCAGGAUAAUUUGACCAGCCGCUUGGUCAGAACAUGUUUUGCUAGAUGUGGUCCUUUGUAUAUGCGUACCUCCUGAGCGCCCGUGUUUAUUCCGUCCACAAAGUUGUUAGUUUAUCACGAUUCUUACUUAAUAACACGCAAGUAGCUGUUAUUUUGUUCUUUAAUUUCAUUUUAGCUCCGGUAAAUUGUCUCCAUCGCCUGUCGUCUGCAUCCACACCCCAGAGCAACGAUGCUCAAAAACCCAGCGCGUUUCUGCGCCGGAAGGCCUAUGACGCAGCACGUAGGCUAUCGAUAGCUGCGUCCAGUCCACUUUCGACGCCACAGGGAAGGGCUGUUGCACGCAUGCCGGCCUCGCCAUCGUCGAGGCCUGUCUUCAAAAGCGUUAGACGCCUGCCGGGACAAGACGGAACCCCUAACGCAGCUGAACGUCGUCUUCGGGACUCGAAGGCCCAGCAACAGCGUCGCCGAGCCACUCGUUCCGCAGCCAUUGAUCGACGACGUGGCCUUCCCAUGAAGCCUGAUGUUUAG